AUGACAUGGUGUCAAUAUGCAAUUCCAAAAUUCUGUGGUACCUCGAUUGAAACAAAGGUGCUUGGUAAAAGACAUGUGAAGCUUGUAAACAAGGGUGAAUGUUACGUGAUGAACUCCCCAAAUCUUGUUAUAAAGUUUCUUCCUUUCCCUGAUGUGGAGUGGCUGGGAAACGUUAAAAUUCAAUGCGAAGAAACUGGGCUUGAAGCCGAAUUGUGUUACAAAGGCAACUCCUUUCUAGGCAGAAAGGGAAAUUACAGAUCUAUUAGAGGAAAAAUUAUAUCUUCAUCAAAUAUGAAAACUAUUUACGAGAUCAAUGGUCAUUGGGACAAGACUGUGACAGUGACGGAUAUUAGCAAUGGCAAAAUGACAGUGAUUUAUAGGGCAAAUGAUGUAAUCUCAGGACUUAAAACACCAAUUGUGAAGGAUGUGAAGGGAGUGUGGAAAAGUGAAUCUGGUGUGGUAUGGGGGAAAGUUAACCAAGGGAUAAUGAACAAGUCAUGGGAUGAAGCAAAAGUUGCAAAGACAACCAUUGAAGAAAAGGAGAGAGAAUUUGCUAAAAAUAGGAAGUUGAAAGGUGAAAAUUGGGUUCCAAAACAUUUUGUAUUAUCAAAGUGUAGAGAAAAUGGUGAAUGGGAGGUGAAACCUAAAAAUACAAAAGUCCCUUUAGCACCAAUAAUCGUACCUAUUUGAGAAAUGUAUAUAUAUAAUAUUUCAUUUCUUUCGUGAAAUCCUAAAAUAAUUGA